GUCCUAACAUCCCUCCUUCUCUCCACCGGACCGGAAGCCGUUCGACUUCCGCCUGAGGCGCCGCCCACAGAACGACGGAGCGAACUUUGCGAAGAAGAACAAAGACGCCAUUAUCACAACUGCGCAUGCGCCGGCAGGAUUUGGCGCCAGCGUUUGUAUUUUGAGGAAGCUGUGCCGCUGUUCCUGAGGCGAAACACAGGCUGGUCAGUUCGGAGCGGGCUGGCGCUGUCUGUUUGGGUUUCUGUAACAAUGGCAGUUAUGGUUAAGGAAAACGAUGCACCUACAAAGAAGCCAUCUUUCUUUGAAAUAUACAAGGCACGGUGUGAUGAUUCAGACCUAGGGCCAAUAAGUCUUAACUGGUUUGAAGAACUCAGUUCAGAAGCUCCACCUUAUGAUAAUAAACCAGAAUACUCUGAUCAUAAAACUAACAGUUUGGAUCAAAUAAUUUUUAAAACACCAAAGGUGAAGCUGUCUACAAAUAAUUCAGCAGCAUCAACUCCAAUGAUAUUUAAAGAACAAAAUAAAGCUUCACUGUUAUGUACGCCUAUAAAAGAAUUUUGUUAUAGCAGCACAGAAACAGGUAAACAUUUUAGUGAAGCCAAUGCUGUGGCAGUACAAGUGGAUCAGUCAAAUGAAAUAGCAGAUACUUCCGAUGCCUAUCUCCUUUCAAGUCCAUCUGGUUUAAGAGAAGCAAGUGGAACACCACAGAACCAUAAAUGCGGGCUAAACAGAAGUUUGCUAUGUACACCAAAGGUGUUUGAGGAAGAAACGCCAAAAGGCAUUUCUGUGAGUUUGGGAGCAGAAGCAGAUCCUGACAUGUCUUGGUCAAGCUCAUUAGCAACACCACCUACACUUUCUCCAACAGUUAUAAUAGAUAGAGGAAAUUAUUCGGCUUUUGGAACAAAACAGCAUAAUGAAAGAAUUGAGUCGAUUAUGUGCAGCCCUUUCUCCAAGUCUGGCAUAAGUCUGAAGAUAAACAGUAUAAAUACUGAAUCUGCAACAAGAAAUGAGGAUGUAUGUGCAGAAGCUGACAGAAAAAAUUAUAGAAGUAUUUCAACUCCAACGACUAGUAAUGGUAGCGGACUCAUGAAAUCAAGUUUGAAAACCAUGAGCUCACUUUCCAGUUUGAAGAAACGACCCAAAAAGUUUAUUUAUACAAUAAAUAAUACUCCAGCUAACCAUGGAAAAGUCAGUUGUGGAGAUGGAACUUCUACUUUGUUUGUGCCAACGUCUUGUGUUUCUGAAGUUUCUGAAACAACCGCUAGAUACGCAGGGAAAACUGAAAAACUUUCAAGCUCUAAUGCUAUUGAAGAAAAACAACAAAUGGGGAUUGAUAGUCCUACAAAGAAUUUUCAUGAAACUUCAUGCAAUGAAAAUUUGAAAAUUGGAAGUAAUUUUACAGAGAUGCCAUCAGUAUCUCCACAAACAAAUAACAAAAAAGAAGCAGUUACUCUUCCCAGUCAUAUCGUUUCUGAUGAACAAACAGAUUUAAGCAAAAAUAAGUUUCCUGAAAUUAAUCAAAUGGACAAUUUAGGUGGAGACUGUAGCUUAAAAAAUGUUAGUCUCACCCAUUUAGAUUCAAUCCCAGCAGCCAUCCUUGAAGAAUUUGCCGCAAAAAAGGAAAACAAACAAAUAGCCUUGGGAUUAGCUACACAACCUUCUUUAACAAGAGAUACUCAAAUGUCUGACCAUAGUUGCUGGUCAAAAGAGGAUCCCCAAAUUAUUAUAGAAGAAUUGUCAACACUUAGAGAUUCACAGAACAACUUAAACAGAGGACAGCUCAUUCAGCCGGAUUUACAAAAAAAUGAAAACAAUAGCAAGCAGAGGAAGUUAGAAUGUAAAUUGUAUAGUGAAGCAAAAAACUUAGGUGGCUUCAAAACAGCAUCAAACAAAGAGAUAAGACUGUCUGAUAACAACAUUAGACAAGGCAAGUUGCUGUUCGGUGAUAUAGAAGAGCAGUAUCCUGAAGAUUUACUUAGCAGUCAAGUGCAAAAUACUGCAAAUAAGAAUGCUCACGAAAAUGCUACAACUUCUUUAAUUGGGAGAAAUGUGUUGAGUGAAAAUUCAUGUGAUUUGUCGCAUGUUUCUGAUUCAUUAAUGAACCUUAUUCAGUUUACUGAUAGCCAAAGUAGUUUUCAGAAUAAAUUAAAAAAACAGAAAAUUGAGGGAAAACAAAAUUUAACAGCAAGCCAAGAAGCUGAAGUUGCUGAGCUUUCUAAUAUACUGGAAGAAACAGGUAGUCAGUUUGACUUUACACAGUUUAGGGAACACAAGAGUGUGAUGUAUGAUAAUAUUUGUGAGGAAUCCGAAAGUUAUAUGAACUCUGAACUUUGGAAGGAUAAUGAUUUUGAGGAAUGCUUUGACAAUAAAGUUCAAAGAAGUGAUGAUCCAUCUUCUAAUAACCCUUCUAAUAGCCUACCUAUGAAAUCCAAAACACAGACACAGAACAAUGAGGAGAAUACACUGAUAAAAUCAUCAAGCAAAAAAGAUAUCCAACAUGUUGUUCCAGUUAUUUCAGCAUCUUUGCAGUCUGGCCUAUGGGACUAUAGUUCAGUUGAAGGGAAAAAUAUAAAUAUUUCUGCUGAGAUCAUAAACAAAAUUACAAAACCAGUCAGGGAUAGUGCAACUGAAAUGCUUAGCCCACACAAAACAUGUCAAUUUAACUGUUCAAAAAGCUGCAAUGUUAUGUGGGAAAACAUCAACUAUAAUAAAGAAAGAAAUGAUCUGCAUCAGAGAGCUAAAGAAAUAAAUCUUGAAUAUAUGAUGAGAAAUAAUGCAAAAGAGAGGAAUUUCUGUAUAAAAGAAAAUAUACAAAAUAAGUCAAAAGCUAUAGACUUGAAUAAAGUUGUUCAUAUUACUAGCACUACAGAAGUUAACCUAAAAAUCAUCAAGAAAUACUCUGUCAAUGUGACAGAAAAUGAAUUGUCAUGUACUGAAAAUCAUCACAGUGCAUUAGGUGGACAUCAAUUUUCAGGCUGUGGAAGUACUCAGUAUAAUUACAAUUAUCAAGAAACAAUGUCAGAUCUGACAUGUUUAGCAGAAGUUGCUAAAAUGGAAAAGGAUUCUCCUUUUAAUAAUGCAGAUAGAAAAGAAAACUUUAAUUCAAGCCAAGAAGGAGUAACAAAAAAUUCAGGAAGUAGCUGUUUACUACAAAAUGUUGACAGUGUUGCUGAUGAGAACAUAGUUGCAGAAAAGAGUAAAAUGCUUCAUUUUUUGACUGAUUCCUGCUCAGGAAAACUAGAUGGGACAAUUGCUAUUGGCAGCAUAAAGGAAGCCAUCACUUCUGUGAAAAGAGGGACUGUAUCAAGUCAAAGUGACAUAUUUGGCUUCCAUUAUCCAGAAAUUUAUGAAACUAGAAAAAUGCAAAUGAAUGCAGUGGGAUUUCAGAUGGCUAGCGGUAAGCAAAUUGUCAUUACUGAUGAAUCUUUAUCGAAGGCAAGGAAUCUUCUUUCAGAAGAAACUCCAUUCCUAGGAAAGGAAGAUGUUGCAGUUUACUCUGUCAAACCUAGCAUUCAGACUUCAAUAAAGGAGGAGCAAAAUGUGAAAAUUACCGAAGUGAACAAAGAAUCUGGAAAAGAAACUAUAAAUCACCAAGAUUAUAUGAAUCCUAAAAGUCGUUUUAAAGAGCCCGUGGAUAUGGUGUCAAACACUGAGAAUUUAAAAGCUAUUAAAGAGCUCUCUCUGGACAUUAAUUCGUUGGAGUCAGAUUUGAUAUGUUGUUCUCAAAGAAAGGCCAUGCACACUAUAGACUCAUUAGCAAAGAACAGACUGGCACAAAUAUUAGGCAAAAAUGAUGUUUUAAAAACGGUUUCCAUUGAUUCUGCUACAGGUCAGGAUUUGUACAUUGAGGGGUUAGAUACUUGUGCAAAGCAGGUUCUUGAGUGCUUGUCAUCUAGAACUAAAAGCAAUGCAUUUAUUGCCGGCAGUAAAAGCCAUGGGUCUUUGGAUCUGACUUGCAAUACCACUGCAGAAGCAAAUUACACUGAUUUAAUAAGUACGCAUUCAGCACUGGGCCAUCCUCAAGAUUCAAGCAAUGAGAAAAAGUCCCAGGAGUUGACUGGGAUUAAUAAAGAAGCAGCUUCAUCAAAAAUCCUUAUUUCAGAAAAUAUUUCUGGGGAAAUGUCAAAAAAUAAAAGUGCUAUACAGAGAUCUGACCAAAAAAACCUGGAUGCUAACACAUUCCAAAAAUAUUCAGCUAGUGAAGAAGCAGCUUCAAACGUAUUGAAAUCUAGACCAGUUGCAUUCAGUACAGCAAGUGGUAAAACUGUCAGAAUUUCAGAAAAAGCAUUGAAAAAGGUCAAACAAUUGUUUGAUGACGAUAGCUGUAGUUCCGUAAAACAGAACAUAAAAUCUCAAUCAAAAACCAGUGAACAUAACCUAGAAAGCUGCUCUAAUGUCCUGACUAGCAGAGAGCAGGUUAGUUCUUCUAAUUAUUUAAGUAUGGAAAAAGUUACUUUGGAAAAGUCAGUUGCCUCUCAGUGUCUCACUGCCAAAGAAUACCAUGAAGAUGACCAAGAAUUACAGCAUACUGCAUCUGUACCUUUGAACAUUGUGUCUGAAUCAGAUUGUCAGACUCCAUGUCUUCAAAUAAAUAAUGGGCCUGAUACAAAGGCUUCUAACAAGCUGAUUUGCAGCAAGUCAGAUUUUUCUAUAAAUAAUUGUGGGUUUUUCAGCACAGCGAGUGGAAAAGCUGUUCAGUUAUCUGAAGAGUCAUUGAAAAAAGCAAGACAGUUUUUUUCUGAAAUCGAAGAUGAUUCAUUAGGUUGUCAAACAAAUGUAUCAGGUGGUGGUGAUCAUUACUGGAAAGCGUCUUCUGUCAGGAACAAAGCCACCGCUAAAGAAAAUAAACUUCUCAUGUCCCAAGGGAAAAUACUUUCAAAUGCAGAAGUAGAUUCAAAUAUUCCUUGUGGCUUUAGCACUGCAAGUGGAAAACAAGUGCAAAUCUCUCAAAAGGCUGUCCAGAGUGUUAUGGAGCUCUUCAAAGAAUUCAGUGAUGAUAUCAAUAGUAAUGGCUUUGUUGCUCAACAGAGUUUGGAGCAAGGUGACGUUUCAUCUGUAAAAGAUGCUGAUGUAAAAGUGAAAAUGGAAGAUACAAUUGUGACUCAAUCUAAGCCGCAGCAUAGAUGUAAUGCUCUUUCUUUAGCUACAAAAAAUCUUGAAAAAAGGAGUUCUCAAAACCUAUUAAGCACUAAAAUACUCACAUGUGUGUGUGAUAGUGAGAAAUCCAGAAACACAGAAACAAAGCAUUCAACACCAUGUAAUAUUCCAAGAAAAGGAAAUCUUUAUUCUCAUUGUCAUACUUACUCCCAGACUCCAGAAAAUUAUUUGGAAACAGAAGCUUCCGAAAGUGCCAGAGCAUUUAUGGAAGAUGAUGAUCUCACUGAUUCAGAAGCAGAGAGAAAUAAAAAAGCAUUUGCCUCUAAUUCUGAAAUAAAUAAUUCAUAUUCAUAUGCAAGAGCUGGAAAAAGAUGUAUGGAAAAAGAGAAUACAUUUGGGGAACCACCAAUUAAAAGAAAAUUGCUGCCUGAAUUUGAUCAGUCAGAAAGAUCAUCUUUGAAAGCCUCCAGAAGUUCUUUGGAUGGUACCAUGAAUGAUAGAAAAACAAAUAUUUAUGGUAUUCUUUUAAAGCCAGUAAAUUGUGACUCUCUUAGUUUUACCAAAGAAGUUAAGAAACCAAAUUUUACUACUCCAGGCCGAGAUCUUAAAGGGUUUAAAUCAGAUGGACCUCAACAACAUGUUUCAAAACACUCUUCAAGUACAUCAUCAUGUGUUUUUAAGCAAUUUAGUAAUACUUCUGUUAGAGAAGAAAGCAAGAAAACAGACAAUCCAACAGCAAAGACAACUAUCAAAGUGUUUGUACCCCCUUUCAAAACAAAACCAAGUGCUUCUGAGGAUGAAAUUAACAGCAAAGAAUCUUACUUCCAAAAUAACAACAGUGUUCAUGGGGAGCUAAGUAAUACCAAAGUUCAUGAAACUUUCCUUCAACCAGAAAAGGAAAAAUAUGAAAAGAUAUCAGCAGUGGAUUCAGAAAUCAGAGAAAUAGAUUUAGGUUUAACAAACAUUGCCAGCCUUCACUGUGCCAGAAAUUUACAAGAAAUGAGGAUUCUAAAGAAACAGAAGCAAGUCAUUGGCCCACAACCAGGCACCCUCUACCUCAUGAAAAUAUGUGCUACAUCUUGCAGAAUCCCUCUAAAAACUGCAGUGGAUGAGAAAUGCCCUGGUUCUUAUUUUAGCGAACAGUUGUAUGCAUUUGGUGUUUCCAAGCAGUGCCUAAAUGUUAACAGCAGCAACGCAGAACAUUUUCAGUUUCACAUCCAGGAUUUUUUUGGUAGAGAGUGUUUCCUAGAUGGAAACGGAAUACAAUUGGCUGAUGGAGGAUAUCUUAUUCCCACCGAUGAUGGAAAAGCAGGAAAAGAGGAAUUCUACAGGGCAUUGUGUGACACUCCUGGUGUAGAUCCGAAGCUGAUUUCCAAAGCCUGGGUCUACAACCAUUACAAGUGGAUCAUAUGGAAACUCGCAGCCAUGGAAGUUGCAUUUCCCCAGGAAUUUGCCAGCAAGUGUUUGACACCGGAAAGAGUACUACUUCAGCUAAAAUACAGGUAUGAUGUGGAAGUUGACAAAAGUUGUCGAUCAGCCAUCAAAAGAAUAACUGAAAGAGAUGAUGUUGCUGCCAAAACACUUGUCUUGUGCAUUUCUAGAAUCAUAUCAUUAAGCUCAAAUGUAUCCUGCAUCUCUGGCAAUAAAAGCACCACGGAGGAAAACAAAAAAGAUGUGGCUGUGGUUGAGGUUACAGAUGGCUGGUAUGGCAUCAAGGCUGUUUUAGACCCCUCUCUUCAAUCUCUGUUGCAUAAACAGAAGUUGACUGUAGGCCAGAAAAUUGUCGUACAUGGAGCAGAACUUAUGGGACCUCAGGAUGCAUGUUCUCCACUGGACGUACCAGAAUCCCUCAUGCUAAAGAUUUCAGGGAACAGUACUCGACGUGCACGAUGGUAUUCCACAUUAGGAUAUUAUCGGGAUCCCCGGCCAUUUACAUUGCCUUUGUCAUCACUCUUUAGUGAUGGUGGGAUUGUUGGCUGCAUUGAUGUUGUUGUUCAAAGGAUUUACCCCACACAGUGGAUGGAAAAAACAUCAACAGGGUCCUAUAUGUUUCGCAACUGUCGAGCUGAAGAAAGAGAAGCUGCAAAGCAUGCCGAGAACAAACAGAAGACUCUAGAAGCAUUGCUUGCAAACAUACAAGCUGAAUUUGAAAAGAAUGAAGGUGAAGGCAAAAGAGUGCUGCGAUCCCGCACAUUAACCCGGCAACAGAUUCGCUCCUUGCAAGAUGGGGCAGAACUUUACGAGGCAGUUCUUAAUGCAGCUGAUCCUGCUUACAUGGAGGGCUAUUUCAGUGAAGAGCAAUUAAAAGCUUUGAACAGCCACAGACAGAUGGUAAAUGACAAAAAAAGAGCACAAAUAGAAGCAGAAUUCAAGAAGGCUGUAGAGUCGGCUGAGCAGGAUAAGUCCAGUUCCUGCAGCAGGGAUGUAACUCCUGUAAUCAAAGUACGAAUCGUGGAUUACAGAAAAGAAGAAAAAGGAAAAGAAGUUAUACUGACCAUCUGGCGCCCAUCAUCACAUGUUUGUACCCUCCUUAAGGAAGGGUGCCCAUACAGAGUUUUCCACGUAGCAGCAUCGCCCUCCAAAGGCCGGGCAGAGCCCACAAACCUUCAGCUCACAGCAACCAAGAAAACUCAGUAUUUGCAGCUGCCAGUAUCUCAAGAAGUUUUGUCCCAAGUUUACAGACCAAGAGAAUGUCUGAUGUUCAGUGAGCUACUGCUGGAGUCCUUCCGACCUGCUUGUUCUGAGGUGGAUUUGGUGGGAUAUGUUGUUUCUCUCAGGAAAGGAACAGGUUUCUCUACAUUAGUGUACUUGUCUGAUAAAGACCAUAACCUUAUAGCAGUUCACAUCUGUACAGACCUUAGACAGUUUGCUGUUGAAGACAUAAUCAUUCCUUCUAUGUUGAUCUCUGCAACAAAUCUUCAAUGGAGGCCUAAAUUCUAUUCAAAUAUUCCCAGUUUAUUUGCUGGAGAUCUCUCCACGUUUUCCUCAAAGCCAAAAGAAACCCGUCUUCAAGAAAUAUUUAAUGAUCUGAGAAAUACUGUAGAGAGUGAUAGCUGCUUUCAGAAAGACGCAGAGCGCAAACUGGCAACUUUGCUCCAAACAAAUGUUCCACAAGUGAUGAACUUGCCCAAAGAACAUGACUUUGAUCCCUUUCCUUCUCCUUGGAGAUCUGAUGCAGGAAAUAAACAUUUGAUUUCAACUCCUAAUACAGAGCUAAGGCUUCCAAGCCCGCUGUCAAUCAAGAGACCAAAUACAAAGGCACCAGGUUCUCUCUGCUCAACAAAAGUGAAAGCAGAUCUACAGGAAACUCCUAAGAACCUUAAGAAGAGAAAAGCAAUGGACCUCCUCAGUCAAGUCCCUUCCCCUCCACCAGUGAAGCCAAUUUGCACAUUUAUUUCUCCAUCUUUGAAAAGAGCAUUUCAACCUCCUCGAAGUUCUGAUCCCCACCAUGAAAGAUUUCUGAAAAAAACUGAAUCUACAGUUAGAGAACCUGGAGUGAAAAGACCAAAUGAGACUAACUUUCAGCUUGAAAACUAUUUUGUUGCUGAUGAGGAACUUGCCAUGAUAAAUACACAAGCUUUCUUAAGCAAUUCUACAGAAGAAAAAGAGGCUGGUUUUACAGAGAAAAUUGCACAUACAUCACACAAUGAUUCAUCCAACAGUUUUUCCCUAAGGAACAAUUCUUGCCCUUCUGGAAAGGAUAAGACUUGAGGGAUGAAGGACUUCCUACAGAGAAGACAAAUGAAACAACAGUUUGCUAGCUAUGCUGAGGUUGCAAAAGUUAAGAAAUUAAAAAUACUAGUAAAUGUAUAUUUUAUAUGUUUUAAUACUGAAAUUAUUUUUUGCAGUUUUCAAUAUUGUAAAUGUUUGUACAGAUUUAUUAAGUAUAUUUUGCACAUGAUUCGACUCAAAAUAAAGAUCCGAGAAAGAA